AUUCACUGGGGUGGGGGGUCCCAGGCACUCAGAGGAGACUGCAGAAUAGGCCCGAGAGGAGAGGGGAGUUCGUUUCGCCGCCGUCUCCAUGGGCGAGCUUCCUAACCGCCACCUCGCCCCGGAGCAAUCGGCAUAUUGUAUUGAACGCUGCUGUUCUUCUUACACUUCCUCCUUGUGAUCUCUAAUAGAACUGUUAGAAGCAGGACAGAGCCAACAUUGGCUUGGACCAAGUCCGUCUUGGGCACCCCAGGCUGGCCUGUUCUCUCCACCCUCACACUCCGGGGUACCUUGAAACCUUUCACAUUUUAACGUAGGAGUAACCUCUUUCAGGAGUGUAUCUUUUGGCUUAUUUAUUUUUGAUGGAGUCUCGCUCCCUCGCCUGGGCUGGAGUGCACUGGCGCGAUCUCGGCUCCCUGCAACCUCACCUCCCGGGUUCAAGUGAUUCUCCUUAUUCAGCCUCCCAAGUAGCUGGGAUUACAGGCGUGCGCUACCACACCGGGCUAAUUACUCGGCUAAUUUUUUUUUUUGUAUUUUUUGUUAGAGACGGGGUUUCACCAUGUUGGCCAGGCUGGUCUGGAACUCCUGACCUCAGGUGAUCCGCCCACCUCUGCCUCCCAAAGUGCUGGGAUUACAGGCGUGAGCCACCGCGCCCAGCCUGGUUUAUUCAUAAUCUUUGUCUUCCUAAUGAAAUGGUAAACUCCUCCAGGCAACCAGGAUACCAAGUGUCUAAAGCCUUUUUAUGACCCCAUAGCGCCAAAUUGUAGCUUUCAGUAGAUCCUUGUGGAUUUUAGUUGCCAGGCAGUUCUUGUCCAGAUGACUCUGAUUACCUUGCCAGUUACCACUGGCACUUCCAAAGUCAGCCUAGGGCCAGAUGAAAGAAUGGAGUAAUCAAGUGGGCACCAGGAAAUGACAGCACCAGGGGUAACCCUGAAGGUCUGACGAUGUGAUCUUUCACAUUUUGGGAAACUGACUCUACUCUGUGAUGCCAAGACAGAUGGGAGUUUCCUUGUACACCACUUUCUCUCCUUCUAUCUCAAAGCUAAUUGUAAAGUCUGCUUUGUGGCACUCAUCCAGUCCUUCAGCCACUACAGUAUCGUGGGACAGAAGCUGGGUGUCAGCUUGACCAUGGCGCGGGAGCGUGGGCAGCUUGUGUUCCUUGAGGGACUCAAGUCUGCAGUGGACAUCGUCUUCCAGGCUCAAAAGGAGCCACACCCCCUGCAGUUUCUCAGGGAGGCUAAUGCUGGGAACUUGAAACCAUUGUUUGAGUUUGUACGGGAGGCCCUGAAGCCAGUAGACAGUGGAGAGGCUCAGUGGACGUACCCGGUGCUGCUGGUGGACGACCUCAGUGUGCUCCUGAGCCUGGGCAUGGGGGCGGUGGCUGUGCUAGACUUCAUUCACUACUGCAGAGCCACCGUGUGCUGGGAACUAAAGGUACUCAUGGAACUGCCUUCUCUGCGCCCACCUGUGACCUCCAAGAACUCAGACAGGUCCAGACCUCACUUGCUUGCUGUGAUCUUUUUAUUUGUUUGGGGUUUUGGCUUUACUCUGGCAGGCCCAGAAAGCUUUUGCAGCCACCCUGUUUUCCCUUACCUGCCAUUGCUGAAAAGUAAAGCCCCCCAAAAUAAAGGGAUGAUCAACAUUGCAUUCAGUGGGGCUGGUUACGUGUGGCACCGCUGCGGUCCCAGGUCUGUCAGAAUAGCCUGUGUGUCCUGGGGCAAGUUAUUAUCGUCCCUGAGUGUGUUUUAUAGAUCAGCUAAAAUAUUGAUUACCAAGUUAUGAGGGACAAAUAGAGAUUUUUGCCAUAAUAGAGGUUUUAGAGUUUUUGUUUUUGUUUUCUUUUGGUUAGUCAAAUACAGCAGUGGGAACAGAGAAGGAACAAAGAAAUCUGUAACUGGUUGUGAUCAUUUAGAUGUAAAUACUACUGCACUUAAUAGCCAUAAUAGGGUUUUUAACAAUAAUAAUAGGCCAAUCAAUAAAAUAGGAAUGGCUGUGGUGCCUACCUCACAGGUACCUGACUGCAAGAGUGAAGUGAGAUGAAGCUUGUAACAUGCCAGCACUGUGUCUGGCCCACAGUAGCCACUUGUCAGUGUGUGAUGGUGUAGCUGGCAGGAACGUGUGGACAGUGGUAUGGUGCGGUCAGCCUGAGCGUACAGAGCAAUGGGAGAGAUAAGCUAACUGAGUUAGCCAGGUGUGUGGGUAUCCAGCAGUGUGUGUUGAACACCUGUAUGCAAAGUCCUGCCUGGAAGCUCUGUUCAGGGAACUUCUGAGGCUGUCCUGGCUACAGUUGCAGAGCCAGGAACCAGGGUAAUGCAGAAAGAAUGGGAGGAGGAGGAACUGUUAGGGGUGUGGAAGGCACAGUUAGGAUUAGGGGGUGACAGUAAGUAGCCAAAGCCACCUUCUGCAGCCCAGCUGGGUCUGUGACCUGCUACCACCCUCUUUUUGUAAGAAUACUUCUUUUAGUUGAAAAAGUAAAACUUGGGCAUUGUUUAAAAAAAGAGAAAAAGAAGGAAGAGUAUAAAGGGUACUUUAGCAAAAAGUGCUCUUGCCUCUCUCUCUCCCUCCGACGUGCAUCCUUCCAGCCAGUCUGUACAAUUAUGCACAUAUUUGGUUUUUUUCUAUAUUUUUACUUUUUGUAGAGACUUGGUCUCACUAUGUUGCCCAAGCUGAUCUUGAACUCCUGGGCUCAGGUGAUUCUACUGCCUCGGCCUCUCGAAGUAUAUGCACAUAUUUGUCUCCCUGCAUUUUUCUUCACAUUACUGGUAACCUGCCAUCCACACUGUUCGCUAUUUCUUUUUUUCAUUUAUUAAUACACGGUAUAUUUUGUUGUCCAUUGCCCAAAAAUAACACAUGGAUCUGUUUCAUUCUUUUCCCUUUUUUCUGGUCCUGAUUUAUAAUUUAAUGGCUGUGCAGAUGCCAGUCCCUCCUUUCUGCUGUUCACAAGCCCACUGCUCUGGGAUGAGGGUUUUCUGCUCAAAAGCAUGGAUGUGCGAGAGCCUCCAGCUAGCCACAUGUUUACCCGCCAGUGUGUCUGAAGCAGCAGCUUCCCCUCGAACUUGGCCGACACCACCAGGACUCGGAAGUUGCAGGCACAACGGUUGAGGGUCACGUCCUCCACCUCCAUAUGCUUCGCCUCCGGGUCCCACUGCAGCUUCUCCUGGAGUUAUUUGGUGCUGAGUUCUGUGGCAGCAGUCCAGCUGGGGCCACAGCCCAGCAGGGACAGAACCCCAGCUCAGACCCCGGCCUGGCCACGCUGCUUUGCACCCCUACAGGAGCCACUUAUUCUUUUUCUUUUUUAUUACUAGUCUUUUUUUUUUUUUUUUUUUUUUGAGACGGAGUUUUGCUCUUGUUGCCCAGGCUAGAGUGCAGUGGUGCGACCUCAGUGACCUUGGCUCACUGCAACCUCCACCUCCCAGGUUCAAGUGAUUCUCCGGCCUCAGCCUCCCAAGUAGCUGGGAUUACAGGUGCCUGCCACCACGCCCGGCUAAUUUUUUUUUUUUUUUUUUUUUUGAGAUGGACUCUUGCUCUUUUGCCCAGGCUGGAGUGCAGUGGCACGAUCUCGGCUCACUGCAACAUCUGCCUCCCGGGUUCAAGCAAUUCUCCUGCCUCAGCCUCCCGAGUAGCUGGGAUUACAGGCACAUGCCACCAUGCCCGGCUAAAUUUUGUGUUUUUUUAGUAGAGACAGGGUUUCACCAUGUUGGCCAGGCUGGUCUGGAUCUCCUGACCUCAGGUGAUCCACCCACCUCGGCCUCCCAAAGUGCUGGGAUUACAGGCGUAAGCCACCGUGCCCGGCCUUUUAUUACUAUUCUUUAAAAAUAGAGACAGGGUCUCACUAUGUUGCCCGGGCUGGUAUUGAACUCCUUGGCUCAAUGAUCCUCCCGCCUUGGCCUCCCAAAGUGUUGGGAUUACAGGCAUGCACCACUGUCCCCGGCCAGCUUUAUUCUUUUUAACAACUGAACAGUAUUCCUUUGAAAGGUCUCAUUAUUCAAGCUGUCACUUUUUGGCAGGGUUGACCUUCCCCUCCAUUUUGGCUUGGCUAACUCCUACUUGCCCUCUGAGAUUCAGCUCACAUGAGCUCACCUCCUGACCUGCUCCUCCGGGUUACAGGGGAUGCCUCUUCGUUGUGCUCCCAUACACCUCAUGCUUCCCUCUCCCUUGGUCUUAUCAUUCUGUAUUGUCAGCAUCUGUCUGUCUCCUGGGCCCAUAUCUCUCACUUGUUAUUCCUACUGUGGGAUCUGGUACACUCUAAGUAUUCAGGAACUGUUGACUGAAUGAAUGGUUGCCUGGCAGGAUGGUGACACUUUUAGUAACAUUCAGGAAUUCAGGAGAUUGAGCUAAUUUUGAAGACUGUUGGUUUAGAUGAAGUGAGCUGAAAAUAUGGGUUGGCUCAUUAUGGGUGAAAUAUGGGUGAAGUUGUCCAGUAGGUGACUGGAAUUAGGGUCUGGGAGCACAGGUAGGGGCUGGCUGUAGCAGCAGCAGGGAGGGUGAUCUGUGAGAGGAUGUACAGGGGAGUGGAGGCAACGAGAGGCUGGCACUCCCUGACUCUGGGUGUCCCUUCCAGUAAGGAGCAGGCUUCCAUCUUGUAUCUG